AUGGCCGACGAAAAGACGCCGGUGCUCCCGGUGACGGCGUCGGCGACGCUGGACAAGCUGGCCGCCGAGGACAGCCGGCGCCAUGGGAAGCGGGUGUUCAAGAAGAAAACGAGCGCCGACGACGGCAGCAUUAGUCAGCAGAUUGUGCUCCCCGUGGUGCUGACGCUCGUGAUCCUGGGCACGGUGCUGCUGCUGCCGUACCUGCUCGAGGUGCGCAGGGCACUCGCCGUGGCCGGCACGAUCUCGCUCUACUCGCAGAGGUACAAGCCGCACUUUAGCAACGCCGCACUCAAGGACAUUCUGCUCAACACGCCGUCCAACGACUCGGUGGCCGAGUGGUUGCGGUACUACACGUCCGGUCCCCACCUGGCGGGACAGAACUACUCGCAGGCGGCGUGGACGCGCGACCGGUGGGCGGAAUGGGGUGCCGUGUCGCACAUCACGGCGUACGACCUGUACCUCAACACGCCGGUGGACCACAAGGUGUCUCUGCUCAGGGCCAAGGGCGAGAAGGAGGACGGCGACGACGGCGAUGCCGGCGCCAUCACCUGGGAGGUGGCGUUUGAAGCGUCUCUGGUCGAGGACGUGAUCGAGGAGGACCCGACGACAGGCCUCAAGGACGGCGUGCCGACGUUCCACGGCUACUCGGCCAGUGGCAACGUGACGGGACCAGUGGUGUACGUCAACUACGGCACGUACCAGGACUACGCGGACCUCGAGGCGGCCAACGUGUCUCUCAAGGGCGCGGUGGUGAUUGCGCGGUACGGCGGCAUUUUCCGCGGCCUCAAGGUGAAGCGGGCACAGGAGCUCGGCGCGGUCGGCGCUUUGCUGUACAGCGACCCGGGCGACGACGGCGAGGCCACCGAGGCCAACGGCUACAAGCCAUAUCCGGACGGCCCCGCGCGGCAGCCAAGCUCCGUGCAGCGUGGCAGCGUGCAGUUUCUGAGCAUCGGCCCCGGCGACCCUACGACGCCUGGCUACCCUUCCAAGCCGGGCGCGCCGCGUGGCUCGCCCGACCAUUUCAUCCCAUCGAUCCCGUCGGUCCCCAUCUCGUACGUGGACGCGCUUCCGAUCCUCAAGGCACUGAACGGCCACGGCUUAAGCUCCAAGGACCUCGGCAAGUGGUGGACGCGCAACGAGGGUCUGGGCCACAAGGGCGUCGAGUACAACAUUGGCCCGACGCCGGCCGACAAGGUGCAGGUCAACCUGUACAACGAGCAGGACUACACGACAACGCCGAUCUGGAACGUACUGGGUGUCUUCAACGGCUCGGUGCUGCCCAACGAGGUCGUGGUGGUGGGCAACCACCGGGACGCGUGGAUUGCGGGCGGCGCGGUCGAUCCCAACGGCGCAUCGUCGGUGCUGAACGAGGUGGUGCGGGCGUUUGGCGUCGCGGCAGCGCAAGGGUGGCAGCCGCUGCGGACGAUUGUGUUUGCAUCGUGGGACGGCGAGGAGUACGGCCUGCUGGGCAGCACGGAGUGGGUGGAGGAGUACUUGCCGUGGCUGCAGCACGCGAGUCUGGCGUACGUCAACCUGGACACGGGCGUGAGCGGACCAGACUUUGGGUCGUCGGCGGUGCCGCUGCUGCACGACCUGGUGCACCAGGUGACGGGCGAAGUGCUGUCGCCAAACCAGACGGUGCCCGGGCAAACGGUGCGGGAUACGUGGUCGGGCAAGAUUGGCCCGCUGGGCAGUGGCAGCGACUACACGGCGUUCUUGGACCACGCUGGCAUUACGAGUGUGGACGUGCGGUUCAGCGGCGGCGGGGAUGCAGCUGCGGCAGCGGCUUCCUCCGGAGGAGACAAAUACGUCACCCCCGUGAACCACUACCACAGCAACUACGACAGCUACCACUGGGUGGAGAAAUACGGCGACCCCGGCUUCGCGUACCACAAGACGAUGGCGCAGAUUCUCGGUCUGUUGGUGGCGCACCUGGCAACGGAUCUAGUGGUGCCGUUCAAUGCGGGCGACUACGCGGACGCGCUGCAGGCGUAUGUGGACAAGGUCCGGUCGCAGUUUGAGAAGCACAUUGCGCCGGAGGACGAUGCGGCGGCCGACGCGGCGGUGGUCUACACGGACGAGGCCAUGGCCGUGAUCCGCGGCCGCAAGGUUGGCGCUGCUGCCGAUGCUGCCGAUGCUGCCGAUGCUGCUCUCCAUACCGCCAGCACCAAUUCCGCCAGCUCAGACGACGCCGAAGGCCAGCACCAGUUCCGCCUUGCACUCGAACGCCUCGACAGCGCCGUUUCCGAGCUGGCGGCACUCGCCAAGGCGCUCGACGACAAGGCCGAGAGGCUGCGGGAGCGUGUCGGCAAGGGCGAUUUCGACUCAGCCUCAGGGUCUGCGUCGGCGUCUGCGUCUGCGUCGCACGACGAGGCGGACGAGGCGGACGGCCGUCUGUCGCAGACGCUUGUGUUUGCGCCCAAGUGGUGGCGGCGGCUGGUACGGCGGGUGCAUCGGGUGUGGCUGGCAAUCCAGGUGGCCUGGGUCAACCGGCGGUACCAGUUCCUGGAACGCAAGUUUUUGUACGAGGGCGGGCUGGACGAGCGCACGUGGUUCAAGCACGUCGUCUUUGCACCGGGUGCGUGGACGGGCUAUGCGGGCGAGGUGUUCCCUGGCCUCGUGGAGAGCAUCGACGUAGGCAACUGGACGAAUGCGGUGCGGUGGGCGGACAUUGUGGAGGAGCGGCUGGCGGCAGCGGCCAAAGGUCUCCAUUAG